AUGAUUCCACAACAUGAAAUUCAUGUUUCGAAAAGGCCAUCUCCGGAGGCAUACAACUCGCUUCGCGACAUAUUUUUCCGCUACGAAGAGUCGAAAUCAUUUGGAGCUGAUGUAGAACUGACUCAACGGGAGUUGGAAGCCAACCAAAUGAUUAUGACUGUUAAGACCAAGGAGUAUGAAGACGGCAUGAUUGUUCCUCGUUUGUUUGCCCCGUCCCAACACUUUUUCAAAGUCUUGGAAGAUAUCAGGGAGUCACCGCUCUUUAAGUUAAUUUCGAAGAUGCCGAAAGGUGGAGUGUUGCACGCACACGAUACGGCCUUGUGCAGUACCGAUUUUCUUGUGAAGCUGACAUAUCGCGACAAUCUAUGGGUUUGCUCUGAUAGUGCAUCGAAAACUAUAGUCGGUUUGAGGUUUGCAAAGGUAAAGCCUGAGAAGAGCGAUAUGGAUGCUGACUGUACUUGGGGUCUGAUGUCAAAACUCCGAGAAGUCAAUGGCACCGAUUACGUCGACCAAUACCUUAGGGAUCACCUUACAAUGUAUCCUGUGGAGAAAUUCCCAGAUAACAAUGAGGCAUGGAACCGGUUUAUGAGUAUUUUUCGCCUCUUAGACGGUCUUCUGUUGUAUGUUCCAGUUUGGGUUGAUUACUAUUACAAUGCCCUGGAGGAGUUUUAUGCCGAUGGUGUCCAAUAUUUGGAAUUCCGGUCGACUUUGCCGUCGUUGUACGACUUGGAUGGAAACCAGUACCCUGAAAUAUAUACGGUCAAUGUUUACAAGGAGACUUUGGACAAAUUUAUGGCCGCUAACCCAAAUUUCAUUGGAUCAAAAUUAAUUUAUGCUCCGAUCCGAAACAUUAAUGACGAAGGCAUGGAUCACUUUAUUAGAACCUGCAUCGAAAUUAAGGAAAAGUUCCCGGACUUUGUGGCGGGUUUUGAUUUGGUGGGUCAAGAGGAACCCGGUCGACCGCUCAAGGAUUUCAUUCCGCAACUGCUAAACAUGCCCGAUGAUAUUGACUUCUUUUUCCAUGCCGGCGAAACCAACUGGUAUGGUUCUGCCGUCGAUGAAAACCUUAUUGAUGCCGUCCUACUGGGAACCAAACGAAUUGGACACGGAUUUGCUUUGGUUAAACAUCCAUUGGUGCUGCAAAUGGUGAAGGAACGAAAUAUUGCCGUUGAGGUGAAUCCAAUAUCGAACCAGGUGCUGCAACUUGUGUCAGACUUCCGUAAUCAUCCAUGUGCACAUUUGUUCGCCGACAAUUAUCCAGUAGUCAUUUCCCCAGAUGACCCAUCAUUUUGGAAGGCGACCCCAUUAUCCCAUGACUUCUAUAUUGCCUUCCUGGGCAUUGCAUCCGCCCACUCUGACUUGAGACUCCUCAAGAAAUUGGCAAUGAACUCGAUCAACUACAGUUCCCUUUCGCCCGAGCAGAAGGUAGUAGCUCUGCAGAAGUGGCAAGCUCAGUGGGAAGUCUUCAUUGCUGAGGUUGUCAGUGGUGACAAUGGCAAUAACAACGCACAGGGACUACUGUCAACCAAUAGGAUCGAUUGA